UGUUGGGGUGCUGCGGCCUGGGGGCGCCCUGGGGGGCUGGCCGGGAGAGCGAGCUGUGGACCUGCCCAUCCCGGCCUCUGACCCCAACGCUCGCUCUCUUGCAGACCGUGCGCGUCCAGGGCAAUGACAUCUCGCACCGGCUGCGGCUGUCCGCCGUGCGGCGGCAGGACGAGGGCGUGUACGAGUGCCGCGUGUCGGACUACAGCGACGACGACACGCAGGAACACAAGGCCCAGGCGCUGCUGCGCGUGCUCUCGCGCUUUGCGCCGCCCAACAUGCAGGCCGCCGAGGCCGUGUCCCACAUUCAGAGCAGCGGGCCGCGUCGCCACGGCCCAGCCAGCGCCGCCAACGCCAACAACGCGGGCGCCACCGGCGCCGCGGGCCGCGCCACCUCCGAGCCCAGCCGCGGAGACAAGAGCCCGCCUCCCGGGAGCCCUCCCGCCGCCCCGGGUCCCAGCGUCCCCGAG